CUGAUAGAUAAAACGACCAUAACAAUUUACAUCAGAGGAACUACAACUGGUCGCCGAAAUUUCGUCAACGAUGGUGUCUUUGCAGUUUUAUGUGUCUUUAUUCCCAUCUACUAGUUUCCGAGCUUGGCUCAAGCGUGAGACCUUCCACCCAAAUGUCUUAUAUACAAUUGGCAAACCCUCGCGGCGGCCACCCCGUGAAUCAUCGCCGUCUGCAAGCGACUAACUGUUGGUACCAAAUCGCAUCUCUUAGCAUGGUUUAGUAAAUCGCUCUGGUCAGAAGUAUCCAAUGGAUUCAUUUCAGUGGUUUUCAGCGAUCGCCGAAAGGUGAAUCGUAUAUUCAAGAUUUCGCAAAUAGUAAAAAAAAAUCAGGACAAUAUGCAAAAGUUAGAAACCGGAUUUUUUUUGAGUAUUUUGCCAAAUCGAAUCGAUUGAAGUAUCAUCGGUUAACAUUUGUCACAGAGCGUGAGUUGUGAAUGGACGUGAAAAUUUCGGCGGAAAACUGCGAAUCAAAUUCUUGAAACCGAGAUCCAAUAUGACGGUUGCUAGGGACAGGGUUGUUCUGGAAUCGGAUGAUAACUUGUGCGCGACGAAGAAAGUUAUCAGCGAUGCUAAUAAUAACGACGUAUCUAUGAACGAUGACAAAAGUGUAAGUGACAAUGAGCUUGAUCGGUAUAUCGACCAUUAUAACCAGUGGAAGCAGUCGGCAGCAGGAAAAUGGUUGCAGGAGAAGGUCGAACGAGCCUUGGGAACCAAAUUCGAUGCUGAAAUCAAAUGGAAGAACGUGGCCAUGAUCGGCGGAUUACAUUUCGUUACAGUUGCAUUGUUCUUCGUGUACGUAUGGGACUCAACGAUCGUCACAUGGCUUUGGGGAAUCGUGGUUGGAGGCUUGACCGGUUUUGGUGUCACCGGCGGAGCGCAUCGGCUGUGGACACAUCGGGCAUACAAAGCCAAACUUCCGCUGCGCAUCAUCCUGAUGUGUUGCUACUGCAUGGCCGGUCAGAACAGUUUGUACGACUGGGUCCGGGAUCAUCGAAUCCAUCAUAAGUACUCCGAAACCGAUGCCGAUCCGCACAACUCGAACCGAGGCUUUUUCUACGCACACGUUGGAUGGCUGAUGCUGAGAAAGCACCCUGAGUGCAUUAAAAAGGGUCGUCUGAUCGACAUGAGCGACUUAAUGGCUGAUCCGGUUAUCCGGUUUCAUCAAAAGUACUUCAUUGUACUGAAGAUUUUGUUUACCUUCAUCAUUCCAUCGAUGAUUCCGUGGUAUUUCUUUGGCGAGGACUUUGUGCUAUCAUUUCUGGCGAACUGUCUACUGCGAAACACGAUGACUUUGAACUUUACUUGGCUAGUGAAUAGCGCGGCGCAUAUCUACGGAAAUAGGCCCUACGACAAACGCAUUCAACCAGUGGAAAACAGAGUCGUUUCAUUCUUCUCCCUUGGCGAAGGUUGGCACAACUACCAUCAUGUAUUCCCCUGGGACUACAAAGCUGCUGAAUUGGGCAGCUAUUUGACCAACAUGACCACGUUCUGGUUGGAUCUUUACGCCAAGAUUGGAUGGGCGUACGAUAUGAAGGAACCAUCCAAAGAUUUGGUUCGACGGAUGAUUAAUAAGUAUGGUGACGGAACUCAUAUCACGACGCCCAUUGCUGCAUUACAUGAAGCUGAGGAACCAAAUAUCUCAAAAUCUCUUUAAAUCCAAUCUGCAGAUUUAUCCUAUUCUGUGCCUCCCUACAUUUUCCCAGUAAUAAUGAUAAUCUACUAACGUUUACGUUCAAAUUUGUUCCAGCCAAGCACGUCAAUUUGUAUAUUGUAGGGAAGGCAAGAUUUAAAAAAUCAGUUGUUUGAUUCAAGAUACGCGACCUUAUCAAGGAGGACAUAUUUGUAUGAAUCGUAUUGAUUGCAUAUGGUUCUAAAAAAUCUUCAACCGAACCCCACCUUCCUGUCAAUUACCUUGCCUUUUGACACAUACAUUUUUGUUUAAAUGGCUUUUCAAUCCUUUUUUUUUUGUCUUUAUUAGGGAGACUUUCAGCCCGAGGCUGGCUCGUCUCCGCUUUUCAAUCCUUCGUUUAUCUUUUAGUAAAAAUCUAUUUCAUUAUCAAUUAUUAUUUUAUAUAUUAUUUAUAUUUACAUUUAACCAACAAAUCACUUGCAGUUUGUUUUUCGUAACAGAAACUGUAACUUAAAACAAAAACAUUAUGCAAUUUAAAACCGUUACCUUGUGCUAGAAUCAUGUGCGAAAUAAGGAAUUUGCUCAAAUACAAGAUGCCAGUACAUUGAUAGUCUCAGUUGUUUAAAUUAAAAAUCAUGCGUUAUGAUGAACAUGACAAGGAGAAGGUGGGCAUAAAACAUUGGUUGGGGUUUGGUGGAAAUUCAUGAUUACCAUGUCUACUUAUGCUCUCAAUAAUAAAUAACUUAUCUUAGACUGACUGCACAUAUCUGAAAUGACUACUCCGUGAUUGAUUGUCACUGUGAAAGUUUCAUUGACUGAAGAUUCACGAAAGAAAAAUAAAUGUUUCUAGAUACAAAUACCAACAAAAAGAAAAUUUAUAAUUUGAUAGGCAUCAUUGAAACUGGAUUCACUCUGUUAAGUCAUAUUUGGCCAUCAGGGCUUUUUAUACAUAAAUGUGACCUAGCCACUAAGAAUCUACGCUUAAAAAUUAUGUAGAAUUUGGUCAUAAUUAUAACGCUUGACUGUCAUUGUUAGUCAAAAAUUUAGCAGAUCCGAGGAAUGCUAAGUAUGGUAAAUUUAAGAAUGGAAUCAAGUGGAAAAAUUUAUCUUAACAAAGUGUAAUACGAAAGAAUGUUUUGUAAUAAAUAUUUAAAGUACUACCAUAA